UUCUGACUCGGCGCAAAAUUUCAUUCCCCCACAGUCUCUCUCUCUCUCUCUCUCACUCUCUCUGUUUCUGUCUGUCCGUCCGUCCGUCGGUCCGUCCUCUCUCUCUCUCUCUCUCUCUCUCUCGUCGGAGACCGAGAAUGGGUAGCCUUGAAACAGAAAAAACUGUUGUAGGAUGGGCAGCAAGAGAUCCAUCAGGGAUCCUCUCUCCUUACACCUACACUCUCAGAAACACAGGCCCAGAGGAUGUUUUAUUGAAGGUACUCUCAUGCGGAAUCUGCCACACUGAUAUUCAUCAAGUGAAGAAUGAUCUUGGCAUGUCGAGAUACCCCAUGGUUCCUGGGCAUGAAGUGGUUGGUGAGGUGGUGGAGGUGGGAUCAGAGGUCACUAAGUUCAGAAUAGGAGAUGUUGUUGGAGUUGGAGUUAUUGUUGGAAGUUGCAGGAAUUGCAACCCAUGUAAAUCAGAUAUUGAGCAGUACUGCAACAAGAAAAUCUGGUCCUAUAAUGAUGUCUACACCGAUGGAAAGCCAACCCAGGGAGGCUUCGCCCAGUCCAUGAUCGUUGAUCAAAAGUAUGUGGUGAUAAUACCAGAGGGAAUGUCACCAGAACAAGCAGCACCAUUACUGUGCGCAGGAUUAACAGUGUACAGCCCACUUAGCCACUUUGGGUUGAAGAAGAGUGGGCUAAGAGGAGGCAUAUUAGGGCUUGGAGGAGUAGGGCAUAUGGGUGUGAAGAUUGCUAAGGCAUUGGGACACCAUGUGACUGUGAUAAGUUCUUCAGAGAAGAAAAGAGAGGAAGCUUUGGAGCAUCUUGGUGCUGAUGAGUACUUGGUCAGUUCAGACGAAACUAGGAUGCAAGAAUUUGCUGAUAGCCUUGAUUAUAUAAUUGAUACUGUGCCUGUUUUUCACCCUCUUGAGCCUUAUCUUUCUCUGUUGAAACUUGACGGGAAGCUUAUCUUGAUGGGGGUUAUCAAUACUCCAUUGCAGUUCCUCACUCCUUUGGUCAUGCUUGGGAGAAAAACAAUCACAGGAAGCUUCAUAGGAAGCAUGAAAGAAACAGAGGAGAUGCUUGAAUUCUGCAAGGAAAAGGGAUUAACCUCGAUGAUCGAAGUAAUCAAAAUGGAUUAUGUUAACAAAGCAAUGGAAAGGCUGGAGAAAAACGACGUCAGAUAUAGAUUUGUUGUGGAUGUUGCAGGCAGCAACCUGGAACCAUGAAACUCUUAACUACAACUAUAUUAUAUAUAAAUGGUUUUCAAGCCUUUAUUUCUUCUCUUUUUUUUUUUUUUUUUUUUACUGUGUAAUAAAAGAAGAGAGAAGAUGAGGUGUUGACGUGUUGUUUGUGUGAUGGAGAUAUUGUAGUUUUUUAAUUCAAUGCAUUGUGGUUUUGUUGAAA